UAUCAGUGCAGGGUCUGGCUCGAGAUGGAUGUACAAUAUCUCAAGGAAUGCCUCGGGAACUGCUUAGUCGAGGGGCUCGCGCGAGUUGCUGAACGUCAGCCAGCAGAUCCAAUCGAUUUCCUGGCAUGCUGGAUUUACAGAUACAAGCAAAAUUUAAAUGCAGAAGAAAAGCGGACAAUAGAGAGAGCCCAGCUGGAACAGGAACGAGAAGAGGCCCUGGCCGAACUGGAGAGGAUAGAGAAGCUGAAAGCAGAAGAACUUCAGGUGGCUCAGAAACAUGAAGAACAGCAGAAGGCUUUUACGGAGCGAUGCUGUGAAAAGAAGACGCUUGGGGAUUCCCCUGAGAAGAGUGGAGUGUCGGAUUUGCCGACCGUGGUGGAAAUCGACGAAAGCCAUUUAAAUGGGAAAAGGACUGAAGGGAAGGGCGGGAACCUUCCGGAAGAAAAUGAGGCUACUGAAUUUGAGCCAAAGGUCUCGGUAGCCGGGCUGGAUCCAGGCGAAUCACACACUGCAGAAGGUGAAGCUGAGGAGAUACUUCAGGGGGUGAGCGACGCUGUCAGUCUCCGGGAAGCCUUGACCGAGCCCAUUCCAGAGGAAGAACUUCAGCAGAUUUCAGACCACAAAGAAGGAGACCAGUCGGAACUUUCGGAAGAGAGUGAGAACGAAGACGAUACCCAAACCAGCGGCGACACUCCAGAUGAGAAAUACAAAUCCAGUCACGAUGUGAAUCCUAAUAACAGUACGGUCCCCUCUCCUGUUAAUUCUGUGGGACUUACUUCUGAGUAG